AUGAGGAUUGCUGGCACAGUGCAGCCUGGACUGUCUGCUGGCACAGCGCCGUGCGCAGAGGUCCCAGCACCGGGUACACCGCAGGCUGACACCAUCGUAAGGCUGUUAUCGGGCACAGCACUGAGUACAAGGACUGACGCAGGAGCCACAACUCUUAAACCCUCACAAAGAGCAGAUCCCCCGAUCGGAGCUGCCGGUCCGUCUCUGGGCGCAGGCGGCCGAGGCUGGCCAAGCGGAGCUGGUUUAGGAGGAGCGGAAGCAACAGUGGCCCUUCGCGGAGGUACAGCACCGAGCACACAAGCCAUCCCGGCACCUGACAUGACACUGGAUGUGCAGGGAGUCGGAUGCACGAGGGAUUUAUCCACAGCGGGCGGCUCAGCGACUGAAAUGACCGGGAGAGAGAAGCCGUGGCCCGUGGACUGCGGCAAAAGCCAAGCGGGGUCACUAGGAGACCCCCCAAUCAUCACAGCGGGGGGCAACAAACACACGAGCAGCCUUGGGGCAGAACACCGGAGCGGGGCAACGGACAGCCUGGGGCAGUUACACAUUCCAGAGGGUUUGGGGCCCAGGGGUAACGACACAGUGAUCUGCCCCGGACCCCCUGGGACUGCGGACCCCCCGGUAGGGGUGGUCUUUACUGGAGAAACAACGACCAUAACGCUCGAGAGGACGGGGAAGACGGACUGUUUCCAUCUGGCCGACCUGUCGCUACCCGGGACAGGGCACUGCUGCCCGGCCCCUCGGCCCCCCUCUCGCCCGCUUGAGGGUCCGGGCAUCGGUGCUCUUGGCAUCACCAGCUUGAGGCUGACUGUUACCCCACCUGCUCAGGAGACCCUUCAUGAGAUGUCGCCCGGGACGGACCCCCCGAGAGAGCAGCCGCGGUGUAAGAAAGGACCCCCUCUCCUGGAGUUCAGGCUGCUGCCGGCCGAGCUGGCCCCCGACACCCAAACUUACCCCAUCCCGAGGCUCAUCGUCACGCGGGACCCCGGCCCCAACCACCACCUGUCCUCCUCCCCCCAGCUCUCCGACCCCGGCUGCUGCCUGGACGUGCCCCUCUGCGGGGAGGCCGAGUCCCCCUGCUCCGACAGCGGCUGCGGGGGGUCGCCGGUGCCCUCCCUCUACCUGCGGAAGCUGUCCAGCUCGUCGGGCCUCUCGUCAGCUUCUUCCUUCGAGGAGUCCGAGGAUGACUUCGGCGGCAGCGACGCGGAGCCCAACGGGGUUCAUGUCCUCCUCUGCAGCCCCGACGACCAGGCGGCCGCCAGGUCCUGGAGAAAGCUGAAGAACAUCGUGCAUUGGUCCCCGUUUGUGGUGUCCUUCAGGAAGAACUAUCCUUGGAUCCAGCUGGCGGGACACGCAGGUAACUUCAAGGCCGGAGAAUACGGGAAGAUCCUGAAGAAGUUCUGCCAGUCGGAGCAGCAGUGUUUGGAAUGGCUGAACAGAGACUCGCUGCGUCCGUUUGUCCCCGGGUACUACGGCGUGGUGGAGAAAGACGGAGAGACCUACAACCAGAUGGAAGACCUCCUCUCCGACUUCGACUCUCCGUCCAUCAUGGACUGCAAAAUGGGGGUCAGGACGUAUUUGGAGGAGGAGCUGGUGAAAGCGCGAGAGAAGCCCAAGCUGAGGAGGGACAUGUACGAGAAGAUGAUAGCCGUCGACCCCGACGCUCCCACGGAGGAAGAGCACAAGCAGAAGGCCAUCCUGAAGCCACGAUACAUGCAGUGGAGAGAGACCCUCAGUUCCACGGCUACUCUGGGAUUUAGGAUAGAGGGGAUUAAGAAAGGCGACGGGACGUGCGACACGAACUUCAAGAAGACCAAGCACCGCGAGCAGAUCGUCCGGACGCUGGAGGACUUUGUAGACGGAAAUAAAAACAUCUUGAAAAACUACUUAAUGAGGUUAAAAGAUCUUCGCACGGAGCUCGAGAAAUCCGAGUUCUUCAAGCUGCACGAGGUCGUCGGGAGCUCCCUGCUCUUCGUCCACGACGCCUCGGAGCUCGCCAAAGUGUGGAUGAUCGACUUCGGGAAGACGGUUCGGCUGCCGUACAAGCAGACCCUAAACCACCGGACGCCGUGGGCCGAGGGCAACCGGGAAGACGGCUACCUGUGGGGCCUGGACAACCUCAUCAACAUCUUCACCGACAUGGUGCAGGACUAGCCGAGGAGACCGCGGGGGGGCGACCUCGACCCGCCAGCCCGGCCCCCGCCCCGCUGCCUGGACUUCCGGCUCCGAGACGCCGAGAAUAUUUUUCCUGGAAUUUUUUAUUUUUUUUU